AAGGGGUCGCUGAAGUUGACGGAACCGCCAUCUUGAAAAGUGCCCUCCGAUGAUCUACCUUUUCGCGCCUGUCAGAAUCAGUUUUAAACGCUUUAUUUUCCUUACAGGAGUUUCGUGUUACCUCUGUUUUCGUUUUGUCAAGUCCUGGGACUAAUGGCAAGAUAAGCUACAUGCUGGAGACUCGCCGUUUGCCGUUGUCUGUCGGUGUAUGCUGUUGAACUGCUGUAUGUGUGCCGUUUGUGAGUCUGUCCAUCACCGCUGUCUGCCUGCCUGUCUGUCCGUCCGGCUAGCCUGGAAUGGGCCACAACUCCCAAAGACUAGAACACACUUCUUUAUAACCUGAGCUCCGCCGUCUGGACUCCAACAUACUCACAAAGCCAACAUGUUUUGGAAAUUUGACCUCCACACCACAUCCCACAUUGACACGUUGUUAGAGAAGGAGGAUGUGACGCUGACGGAGGUGAUGGAUGAGGACGACGUCCUACAGGAGUGCAAGGCCCAGAACCACAAACUGGUUGACUUCCUGCUGAGACCGCAAUGCAUGGAGGACCUGGUCACCUUCAUCACACAGGAACCCAGUACUGAUGUUGAGGAGAAGGUUAAAUACAAGUAUCCCAACAUAUCAUGUGAGCUGCUUACAUCAGAUGUGAGCCAGAUCAACGACAGACUGGGAGAAGAUGAAAAACUGCUUAUGAAACUGUAUGGCUUCCUCCAGAAUGAGCCGCCUCUCAACCCGCUCCUGGCCAGCUUCUUCUCCAAGGUCCUGUCCAUUCUUAUAGGACGCAAGCCUGAACAGAUAGUGGAUUUUCUGCGGAAGCGGGAGGACUUUGUAGACUUGAUGAUCAAACACAUCGGGACAUCUGCCAUCAUGGACCUGCUUCUCAGAAUGCUCACCUGCAUUGAACCACAGCAGCUACGACAGGAUGUUCUCAAUUGGCUGAAUGAGGAGAAGGUGAUUCAGAGACUGGUGGACAUGGUACAACCUUCUCAAGAUGAGGAUAGACACUCCAAUGCUUCCCAGUCGCUGUGUGAGAUCAUCAGACUGAGCAGAGACCAGAUGUUCCAGGUCCAGGGCUGCUCAGAGCCCGACCCACUUUUGGCCACACUUGAAAAGCAGGAGACGGUGGAGCAGCUGCUGUCUAACAUCUUCGACAAAGAGAAGAAUGAAUCUGCAAUCGUCAGUGUUAUCCAGAUCCUCCUCACAUUGUUUGAGACAAGGAGACCAGCGUUCGAGGGUCAUAUGGAGUGCCCCCCUGGGAUGUCCCACCCUUCAUUCUCAGUCAACCACAGCAUCCUGGAAGCUGUGAGACCCAGACUCAAAGACUUUCACCAGCUGCUUUUGGAACCCCCAAAGAGGAAUGUGAUGAAGACGACGUGGGGGGUGCUAGACCCUCCUGUGGGCAACACCAGGCUCAAUGUGGUCAGACUGGUAGCCAGCCUGUUGCAGAGCAACACACACAGCAUCAACACAGAACUUAUUAACCUCAAUACACUGGGAGUCAUACUAGAUAUGUAUUUCAAAUACAUCUGGAACAACUUCCUCCACAUUCAGGUGGAGAUUUGCACAGCCAUGAUUCUGGCUAUGCCCCCUGCCCCCACUGAUACCCAGCCAGACACAGAUCAAGAACAUGCAAGGGAGAGCAUCCUCAUCAAACAUCUGUUUCAAAAGUGCCAGUUUAUACAGAGAAUCAUGGAUGCCUGGAGCUCCAAUGAGAAAGAACAGGUGGAAGGUGGUCGGCGACGAGGCUACAUGGGUCACCUCACCAGAAUAGCCAACUCUAUAGUUCAUAACUGUGACAAAGGCCCUAAUGGACCACAAAUACAACAGCUCAUCUCUGAGCUUCCAGCAGAGGACAUAGAGAAAUGGGAGGCCUUUAUUUCUGGGCAGCUGGCUGACACAAACAAGAGAAAUACUGUUGACCUGGUGAAUACACACCACAUCCAUUCUCCCAGUGACGAUGAGGUGGAUUUUAAAGACAGUGGCUUUCACCAGGACUCCUCUCUACAACAAGCCUUUUCUGAUUAUCAGAUGCAACAAAUGACGUCCAAUUUUAUUGAGCAGUUCGGCUUCAAUGACGAAGAGUUUGCUGAUCAGGACGAUGUUGUGGAUAUUCCCUUUGAUAGAAUAUCAGACAUCAAUUUUUCACUGAAUACAAAUGAAAGUGCAAAUAUAGCUUUGUUUGAGGCACGCUGUAAGGAGAAAAUCCAGCAGUUUGAAGAUGCUGGUUCAGAUGAGGAGGACAUCUGGGAUGAAAAAGAUGUCACCUUCGCACCAGAGGCACAGAGACGCCCCAGGAGCUCAGGCAGCACAGACAGUGAGGAAAGCACGGACUCAGAGGAAGAGGAUGUGAAGAGAGAUCCGUUUGAAGCUUCCAACCCCAGCACCGAUGACAGAAUGGAAGUCGACGCAGGGCCAGUAUGGACGGCCAACUUUGAUGACAUCCCCAUGGACACAGGUACAUCCACAGCUCCGACCUCAAGCCCCAACAACCCUGUUGCCUCCUCUCCUUUGUCCUCCUCCUCCUCCUCCUCUUCCACAGAAGUUCUCCCUGAGGCAGGAUGGAGUGCCUCUCCUGCUUCAGCCUCCAACUCUGAAACAGGCUGGGCUGAUUUCUCCAACUUCACCCCUGUCAGCCCAAAAGACCCUCUGAGGUGCAACUCUCCUGUUGCUAUGGAAACCAGCAUAGAGACAAUGGACCCUCUGGGGGUCAAUGCACCCAUGCAGCCUGAAGAUUGCGAUGGCUGGCUGGGCACCAGUGUUGCUUCUCCCUCCACCACCUCACCUAAGGAUUGUGGGAGAUCUAAAGCAGAGGAGGAAAAGGCCUGUUGUGAGCAGCGCAGUAUCACAGAGACAGUCAUCAAUGGCUCCAUGAAAGAAACUGUCAGUCUCACUGUUGACGCCAAGACUGAGACUGCUGUCUUCAAGAGAGUGUUGAAAUCUUAUCGUGACGAAGAGAAGAGUUCCUCAGAGAAAUACUCAGUAGUGGAGUGUGUGGAUUCGGAGAGAACGGGCUACAACAGCUCAGCCGCAGCCUGCUGUCCCAAAACAGGCAGUGAGAAAUGUCGGUCCACUGUGGAGCUUCCCAAUGGUCCUCUAGAGGAGAUGUCAGCCGUUGAGGAGGCCAAACCGGACCAGAGUGCUGCGUCCUCAGAGCCAGCUGUAAACGGGCCGGCGUGAGGGUCUCCUUAUGCCAGCCAAUGGCCAGCCUGUUCUGCCACGCAGGGCCUACCUCCUGGCCAGCCGGCGGAGGCCACUGCUCAGAGCUGUACCAAUCACACGCCCCCCCACCAGGACCAGCAAUACACCCAUCAGCUCAUCACUGACAGACAGACAGACAGACAGGUGUACAGACACAGGAUGAACUGAAAAGCAAAAUGAGAGACAUACUCAAAUGGAUACAGAAUAAUUUUUUUCAGCAUUUGUUUAUAUACUAUUGUUCUUAUGAGGUGAUGUGCGACUGAUAUCUUGCCACUCAAAAUUAAAUAGUAAUGUUGCUAUAGUUAAAGAAAUGAUUGUAUGAAUAAAAUAUUUUAUAAAAAGAAAAAUGUAUACAGAAACAUAAGAUGAAUUACCACCGGAAUAGCUGAUUGGUGACCCAACCAACCACUGAGCUGUUGUUAUUGCUGGAUCUGUAAUCCUGCAGUCUGACACUUAAUACAACAGUUGCUAUAUUUAAAAUUCUCUCCCAUUGGUCUGUGUGUCUGAGCAAAGCUGCUCCCACGAAUUGAAACACAUUUUUAAAAACCACACUUUAUUUUGCUGCAGGUAUUAUUUGUAAAUGUUUUUCUCUUGUAUUCUGCAUUAAGUAAGAUUUGAGCAGGUUUUUUUUUUUAAAUUUUUUUUAUUUAUUAUGAAAGGAAGAUGAUGGUUAUGUUUUGUUACUAAAGAGCCAUGCCAACACACUCUCCCCUUCUAGCAGGCUGCAUUCAUGCUAACUGGGUUCCUACCUCGCAGCUAGAAGGCUAAACAGGAGAGAUACAGUAUGUCGUUAGCACAGCCUGAACUGAGGGCUGUAAUACUAUUCUGACCUCUACUAAACUUCAACUGUGAUUUUAAGGGUUCUGUAUGUAACUUUCAGAAAGCCGUUGUUAGUAGUGAUACCAUAGGCCGUCAGUGAACUGCAGUGAGCGUCCUGUUGCUCUGGCUGUGUACAAAGACAGUAGAAAGCAACCAUUAGCUUUUAACCUUUACAUCAUUUGUUGUUGACUAAAAUCAACACUGUUUGUCAUCAUACUUAUGUUAGUAUCAUGGAACAUGUUAGCUGGGGAAGUCAUUUUUCACCAGCUAGCCAGAUUAGCCCCGGGAGUCUGGAUGACGCAAGUUGACAGUAUCUUGCUACCUUAGCUAGCCGUUCGUCUGCGUUAGCAAGCUAGCUACCAUUAGCCAGCUAAAAGUACAAUAUCACAAUAUAUUCCACAAGCUUUACAGUAAUGUUACAUCUGACUUUGGACUUUGUGUUGGACUCUCUUGUGGGGGACGUUAGCGGACUCCAUUUAUAAGCUAAUGUUAGCUAGUGUUGCACACGGAUGACACUGUAGGGAAGGGGAGAGAGAAGGCACCGGGAGCAUCUAUAAAUGUCACUACAAAUCCAACCCGCAUCCCUACACAGAAACACACAGAAAUACGUCCACAGGCAACAGGGAAGUCAGUCCUUUGUUUAAAUUUCAAAUGUAAAAUGCUUCUGAAUCUUGCAUAUGGAACCUUUAAGUAGCUACAGCAUUGUGGAGAACUUAAAUGGGGAGUGAAAGGACUGUUAAAGACAAACUACAUGCAGGAACAUGAAAUUAAAUUGCAAGAAAAACAUUUUGCAAAUGAGAACUUCAGCCAUCCUCGUGGCGCCAGGUGUGAUUCAGUCACAUUCUGAUAAGAAUUUCUAGCUGAAGGGAGCUAGUUAAAAUGGUCAAGAUAUUAGCUGCUGAGCUAGUUCCCAACACAGGUUUUUGUUGGACUGCGUUCAGACUGACAGCAGCACUGUGUGAAGAAGCACAGCACAUUUCCUUUCGAGGUGUUGUUGGCAGAUUGGGGGCAGACACUGGGCUCAGGCGGAGAAGUCCAUGUUUACUGUAAUGCAAAGUGACACCUGACAGCGCACUGUGUUGACCAAUCAAAUCAGUGAAAGUUAUGGCUUCAUGAUAUGGUAAAAAAAUCAUUGUUUAUUUUGACAAACAUUGCGAAUAGUAGGAAUGGUCAAUUUUGCAUCUCAAUUUUCAUUUUCACAGGAAAAGCUAUUAAAAUCACGAUGUGACAUUUGUUGGAGUCUGUAGCAAGCACACGUUUUCUUACAUCUGGAGAGGAUUUGUAGACUAGGACACCUCUGCAGCACUACAGUACUUCAUUAUAAUUCUGUCUGUCACCUUUUCCCUUUGUCAAACAUAUUGCAGCUUCUGUGAUUUCGAUAAUAUUUUGAUUAAUUGUGCAGCCCUGGUGAAAGUGCACAUUCCUGCUAGAUUGUUUUCUAAGGUGUGAACAGUGAAAAUCUACAGUUCACCUGUUAAUCUCAGACGUAUAAAUCAAACUUGCCGCCUUCUUCCAAGGAGUAUCCAAAGCAACACAAACCCUUGUGUUCUGCAGCGGUUUAAUCCAAGUGUUUUUAGUGCUAUUGUUAGUCUGAUUGCACCCUUGUUCUUUGAAUCUGCCUUCAUGAGGUGUUGGGUGGAUUUAAAUGUCCAGUGUGUAGACUUUAGUGGUAUCCAGCGGUGUAGUUGCAGAUUGCAACUCCCUCUAUUCACCCUCCCCUUCUAAGUGCGAAGGAGAAACUACAGUGGCCGCUGAACGCAUGAUAAACGCCCCACCCCUAUCUACAGGCAGUGUUUAGUUGGUCCUUUCUGGGCUACUGUAGAAACAUGGUGGCCUCCAUGAAAGGCGACCCGCUCCCUCUGCAGGAAAAUGUCUGGCCCUCGGGCUGCCUGGUGCUUCAUUUUCUUUUCUUUACAUUAUAAAGGAACAACUGUUGCCAUGGGCCAAUUGUUAGUCUACUUUUAAUACCGUCCACACUAAGUUAACUUUGGCACUCAAUCUGAGUGCAGCUCUUCUGCAGCCUCCCUUCUUUCCAUGGAACCCCUCCCUGUCCCCUCACCAAAUGUGACUUUUUUUUUAUUUUUCCAUCUGGUUGGGGUUUGGUUCCAAAGAAAAUGGUUUUGUGACUCAAAGUUUUCUGUACCAGCACUGGAGAGGGAUAGUACAACGUAACCCCACUUUUUUGUCAGAUCAUUAAUUAAAUUUCAUCUUUAUUUCUGAA